AUGGCGUAUGACCACUACGCUGCCAUCUGUGACCCAUUGCGUUACAUGGAGACCAUGAGCAAAGGGAUCUGUGUUCUGCUGGUGAGUGGUGCAUGGGUAAUAGGCUUCAUAAAUGCCCAGCUUAACACAGAUUUCACCCUCAGGUUGCACAUAUGUGGCCCCAAUCAGAUCAGCCAUUUCAGCUGUGAGCUCCCUCCCCUAUUGCAUCUGUCCUGCACUAAUAUCUUCACCAAUCAAGUGGUGCUUCUCACUUCUGUUGUGAUACUUGGAUCAAGCUCCUUCCUCUUCACCCUGAUCUCCUACAUUCACUUCAUCGCCACUAUCCUGAGGAUAUGCUUGGCGCAGGGCAGGCGUAAAGCCUUCUCCACCUGCAGCUCCCACUUGAUUGUGGUUGGUUUAUGGUACCUGACAGGUUCUUUCCAGUACACAAAACCCAGCUCAGUCUCCUCUGUGGCUCUGGAUGAAAUGUUCUCCAUUCAAUAUAACAUCUUGACUCCAAUGUUAAACCCCAUUAUCUACAGCCUGAAAAACAAGGAGGUGAAAAGAGCACUAGGGAAAAUAUUGUGGACUUGGAAGUUUCUCAAGUAG